AUGUCUCUUUCUAAUCCUACUGUUUGUAAUGCCCCUCAAGUUGGAAUCUUUAAUAAUGCAUUUGAAUCAUGCAAAUCAUUAAAAUCCAUAGCAAUUACAAACUUCACAGGAAUUGCUGAAGAUGCAUUCAGUUAUUGCACUUCUCUUGAAUCAGUUGAUCUCACUGGAAUUCCUAUUGUUCCUGAUAAAGUAUUCAGAUUUUGCACUAAUCUCAAAACUGUUAAAUUCAAUGAUUUCGUAUCAUCAAUUGGAAAAGAAACAUUCCAUUCAUGUGGCUUCCAGGAAAUAGUUAUUCCUAAUUCUGUUUUAUAUAUUGGUCAAUUUGCUUUCUACAACAACACUAAACUCACCAAAGCUACACUCGGAGAAAAUCUUUGUAACUUUGAUAAAGAAUGA